AAGCUUUAAUGUGAGAAGAGAUAGAUAGAAGAUGUUGUCCUCCCAUUGAUGUCCCCAGAUUUGUGGACUGUAGUGCUGAAUGCACUGGAGCUCCUGUACUAGGAGUGCAGGGGUUAACUUGAGCUGCAGCAGGACCGGAGCUCCUCCUCUCCUUUCAGCACCUGGUCCUCUAUAGACAGUUGCCUCAGCAGUAGAUUUCAGAAGGGAUUGGAGGAAAACAAGAGGGGGAGAGAAUGUGACAAGUGCCGGCUCUGGCUGCUGCUGCCUUGGGGAGGCCUCCUGCACCUGUCCCUGCCUGUCUUGUGGCCAGCACUGUUGUUCAGUCAGACAAGCAGAGAAACAUUGUUAUUUUCCAGAGCAGAGAGACGUGCAGUAGCAACACCAUGACUUCUUCAUUCAAGCUGGAUUUCCUGCCUGAUAUGAUGGUCGAUAGCCGAUUGCUAGUUUCUGACAGAAUUAACGGAACAACUAACAAGAUGAAUGGAGCUUUGGAUCACUCAGACCAGCCAGACCCAGAUGCCAUUAAGAUGUUUGUUGGUCAGAUCCCACGUUCGUGGUCAGAAAAAGAACUCAAAGACCUUUUUGAGCCUUAUGGAGCCGUCUAUCAAAUCAACGUCCUACGAGACAGAAGUCAGAAUCCACCCCAAAGCAAAGGUUGUUGUUUUGUAACAUUUUAUACAAGAAAAGCAGCACUGGAAGCACAGAACGCAUUGCACAAUAUUAAAACUUUACCUGGGAUGCAUCAUCCUAUUCAGAUGAAGCCUGCAGAUAGUGAAAAGUCAAACGCUGUUGAAGACAGAAAAUUGUUCAUAGGCAUGGUUUCCAAGAAGUGUAACGAGAACGAUAUCAGGGUGAUGUUUUCUCCAUUUGGUCAAAUAGAAGAAUGCAGAAUCCUACGGGGACCUGACGGACUGAGUCGAGCAAGUCAGCACUGCUGUGCGUUUGUUACAUUUUCUACAAGGGCAAUGGCACAGAAUGCAAUCAAAGCCAUGCACCAGUCUCAGACCAUGGAGGGGUGUUCUUCACCAAUAGUGGUGAAAUUUGCUGAUACACAGAAAGACAAGGAGCAGAGGCGUCUACAGCAACAACUAGCACAACAAAUGCAACAGCUUAAUACUGCCACAUGGGGGAACCUUACUGGAUUAGGAGGACUUACACCACAGUAUUUGGCAGUAAGUAAUCUCCUGCAGCAAGCCACCUCCUCCAGUAACCUGGGUGCAUUUAGCGGUAUUCAGCAAAUGGCUGGCAUGAAUGCUUUGCAAUUACAGAAUUUGGCUACUUUAGCAGCUGCAGCAGCCGCAGCCCAAACCUCUGCAACCACCACCAAUGCAAAUCCUCUCUCCACAACGACUAGCGCAUUGGGAGCGCUAACAAGCCCGGUGGCUGCAUCAACUGCAAACUCCUCUGCUGGAGCCGCCAUGAAUUCUUUAACCUCUCUAGGCACUCUGCAGGGGCUGGCCGGAGCCACCGUGGGAUUGAAUAAUAUAAAUGCACUAGCAGGUACCGUAAACAUUGCUCAAAUGCUCUCAGGUAUGGCUGCUCUGAAUGGAGGACUUGGCGCAACUGGCUUGACGAAUGGUACAGCUGGUACAAUGGAUGCCCUUACCCAGGCCUACUCAGGAAUUCAGCAGUAUGCUGCGGCGGCACUGCCAACACUUUAUAGUCAGAGUCUGCUACAACAGCAGAGUGCUGCGGGCAGUCAGAAAGAAGGCCCAGAAGGAGCAAAUCUCUUCAUUUAUCAUCUACCCCAAGAAUUUGGUGACCAAGACAUCUUGCAGAUGUUUAUGCCUUUUGGAAAUGUAAUCUCUGCUAAAGUCUUUAUUGACAAACAGACCAAUCUAAGCAAGUGCUUUGGCUUUGUUAGCUAUGACAAUCCUGUUUCCGCACAAGCGGCCAUUCAGGCUAUGAAUGGCUUUCAGAUCGGCAUGAAACGUUUGAAAGUUCAGCUGAAACGCUCCAAAAAUGACAGCAAACCGUACUGAUCUUAAACCCAGAAGCUUUCUGCUCUUAUUUUAGCUUUCUUAGGGUAAGUCCCAUGAGCCAGCCUAUUCUCCACUGGGGGCUGAGGAGGAAAACAUUGCCAACACUCACCAAGAGAGAGACAAUUAUUUUUACAUUAAACGCUUCCAUUCCCUUCUUCCCUGAGCCCCUGUUCUUGCCAUUUACUCUGGCUAUAUUUUCUUACCCAGAAUGCAGCAAGUUGUUUCACAGUGUUCUGUUCCAGUUUCCAUUUCCCUUUUUUUUUUCUAUGACAUCUUCAGAUUUACAAUAGCAGCAAAACAAUGUGCAAUUAAACUCUGCAACCACUGGUGCCAUCAAACGAAAAAAAAAAAAUACAGAACACACAAUAAAGGUUCGAGGACCUGGUUGUAAUAUAGUGACACCAGCAGUUAAGAGGCUAGUGUGAAAAUAGUUGCCAAUCUACGCAUAGUUUUUUUUAAAUUUCAUAUCUGUUUGUUUAUUUAUUUAAUUAAGGAACACGCACACACAGGCAAAAAGUCCUUUCAAUGCUUCAGAUUGUUAUAGAAAGUUUUGUUUACAAACGGUUUUAGUUUGGUCUUAUGAAGAAAAAAAAUAUUAAGGACCAGACAUUACUGGUCUUAUUAUACUGAAUUCAGUUUGUCUGUUUGUUAUAUUAUGUAUGUUGUUAUUUAUUAAUUAUUAUUAUUAUUAUUAUUAUUAAUAAUUUGUUUGAACAACAUGUGUGUUAAAAACAAAAAACUAAAGUCUUGGAGAACUGUUUCUAAAGCUACAGGGUUUAAAAAUAACUAAAGUGAGUGAAUAUACUUGAUGUUUCUUGAGAGAUAAAUUUAAUAAUAAAGGAAGCCACAGGCCUGUAAAUUUUAUUUGUAAAAAAAAAAAAAAAAAACAUUUCUAUUUUUAUACAAAAAUUUUUACUGCCUCAGAAAUAAUGGGAGUUAUUUAUUGUUAACUUAUUGGGACACAUAAAGAGAAGUUCUCGAUGCUAGAUAGAUACCUUUUGAAAUAGACUCUAGACUAACAAAAUAUUUAAAAAUAAUAUUGGUUUAUUUUUAGUUGAAACACCCAUUAUGCACAAAUCACUCUCUUCCGUUUCUAUGUUCUGUUUGGUUAUUUUUGUUUCCAUCGCGUAGUGAAAGAUUUGUCCUGUGACUUAUCUGUUGUUUGGCAUUUGUUCAAAAUGGCCGCCUUUCCCCUCCUGUAACCCUACCUUUCCUCCCCAAAGCAAUCCAUCUGCACUAACUCUAAUUAGAUGGUUUCUUUUGGGCUGUUCAUUGUGCUUUGUGUUGAAAUAUAUUCUAUAUAUUUAUAAAUAAAUGUGAACUAUGGAAUGCACAAAGAUUCUAAUGACUAAAAAAAAUUGCAUUACAUUUAAUUCUUACACUAGUUAACCUAUUCAGUGCUGGAGAGGACAGGACUGCAUUACUUUCCAAUGCGCCACUGAUAACACCAACACUGAUGGGCUUAAAAAGUGAUUUUUGUUUCUGCUGCAUAGAUUCUGUGUAACUUUAUACUCUUCCUUGUUUUUUUUUUCCCUAGAACAUCUCCAUGCCUGUUAGUUCACCGUUUGCCUAGCAUGUCCCUGUGGCGUCUGUAAAAAAAAAAAAAAAAGUUUCAUCGUCCCGUCAUUGUUUCUGAUGUCUUUCUGACCUCACAUCAUAUUUGAUCCUUCAACUGACUUAGUUUGACUUCUGAAAUUUGCAUGUGAUCUCAUCUAGCUAAGAAUUCUGGAAAAAAUAACAAAAAAGUCAAUGUGAAAAGCGUUGCAGCGUUCACGCAAGACUGAAAUUUACUAUAACAUAAAUUACAGAGGAAAAAAAAGACAAAAAACCUGUGGCAAAAAAGUUUUCUCGUUUUUUUUCUCUCUUUAAGUUGCAUAACAUAAACAGACUUGAAAGUAUUACACAGGGAUUAGCAUUCUGUCUGGUCACUGUUUCCUAAAGCAAUAUGUGUCCAGGAAUGCAGAAUGUUGGUUUCUAAAUGAAGCAGACAACUUCCAAAACAGUUUGAGAAAAACUGUCUGAUUUUAAGUCUCUAGAGCUCUGUAAUAGUUUUUACAUUUUUCAGGCAGUGUAAAGUUUUUUGAUAAGGCCAUUUUAGGUGGCUCACUUUCUCAUUAAAUUAUAUAUAGAACCACUUUUUUGUAGAUUAGUAUAAGAAAAUAUUUACCCUGUUUUGGGGCAAAUACUACCUAGUUCUGUCACCUUUUGCUGAACUGACUCACAGUUAGACAAUCCAUGGUUUAAUGCACAUGAAAUUACCUAUAUUUUAUACUGUUUCAAUGUACAGAAAAGAAGGUAAAUGUAUACCGUGUCUCGUUGGUGCUUCUGUGAAUUUAGUUGUGGCUUCAUUAAGUCUUAAGAGUCUUCAGUGUUCUAUGUUUAAUAAGUUUUAAAAGAAAAAAAAUUGGUUUACUUGAACAAAAAAUAAUUUUCAAAAAUAAAGAGUCUGUUUGCUAUAAUUUCAUGUGAAACACAGAAAAAAAGUAUUCCAGAAAAAUAAGUUUUGUGUUGGCUUGUAAAGCAUCGAUGUUAUCUUAUUUUCUAUUGUGGGGAAACUUAGAUGUGUUUGUGUUCAGCAAAAUGUGACCUGUUUUUUUUUUCUUCGAAAGAAAAAAAAUCAGUGAAAAUAACAGUGCCAAAUUCCAAAGGUACUUCCUGCCUAAAGCUUCAGUGUAUUUCGUGUACGAAGUAAUUUGAUAACAUGGGUAUUUUAUUAUGUGUUUUGUAUAAAUCCCUUCUAUUUAAAAAGAGAGGUUACAAAGUUUGUUAACUUGCUAUCCUGUGGUCUUGUUGCCUGAAAUUGUUAUUGUUUGUUAUAUCUCUUUGAUGUUUUUGGUAAAACAUUGUAUACAGUAAGUGCCCAUGUUCCACUUUUUUAACCACUCUGCACAUCAAUCAUGUGAAAGCAAACCUCACAACUGUACUUUUUUUCAUGGUCUGUGGAAGUCUUCAUGGUGAAGAGAGUUGAACUUCUAUUCCUUUUAAGCAUGGCGUCCUGAAGAAUCAGGGUAUAUAAAGCACAUAUAAGCACAUACAUGGUUUAUACAGCACGUGCAUAUUGUCUAUGUAGAACCUCCAAGUAAUCCAUGUUCCUAGUAUGACAGUAUAAACUUCACUAGUAAAAAAAAAAACUAUUCCCGAAAUGCAGUUAUACAGCACAUGACGUCAAAAGUGCCAUACAUGUUUUCGAAUUCUCAUCUCCAUUUAUUGUAUGUCAGCGAAACUUCUUGGACCUUGUAUUUAAUGUUUUCACUUUCCUAGCUGGCAUUAUGUCUGAUGGCGCACAUUUAGGGUUGGCCUCUUUUUACUGCCAUUACUCCCUAAAUGGCCAUACUGUAAUAGCAUUUGGUUAAUAAUACAGUGCCUCAUUUUUAAACCUCAGCAAAUGCUAUUGAUCAACAGUAGUCGGAUACCCACCUAUGUACAGUGAAAUUUGUUGAAUUCUUAAUCAUAUAUAUAUGGUGUUUACUUCUCUACUCCUGGGUCCUACCAGAAUUACUUGAGGGCUAUUUUUGUAUGAGAAAUGCACAAAGAUUAUGGCUAAAUUAUAUCUAGAUGUCAUUCUAUGAAUAUAUGUAUAGAGAUAUAUAUUAUAAAACACAUAUUUUUGUUAUGUAGAUUUAUGCAGAUUUGGAUGCAUCUAAAAGAUGAGAGAGUACAAUUCCUAGUCUGGUGUGACUUCUGAUGUUGUUACAAUGUGCUGCUUAUACAGCUUUGGUUUAACACACUUAGGAUUAAGAUGACUAAGCCAACCGUUCACAUUGCAUAAUAUUCAUGCCAUUCCCCAAUUUCCAGUUGGACAGUAUAAAAAGCAGAAAAUUGCUAGAAUUGUAAAGAGUGUAUUUUAUCCCAUAAUUGAGUAAGGGGAGUUGAGUGUCCUACUGUACAUAGAAGAACAUGUUCAGCACUGAUGCAGUUAAACACAAGGUUCGCACUGAAGGACAUUGCUUAAAGGACUAAUACGUUCAACUUUCUUUUCACCUUAAGAUUCUAGUUUUUUGGCUUGUGUAAUUCUGAAGUCAUUUUAACUGUUCUGUUUUAUUAUCUCAAGUGCUAAAUACAAAUAAGAAAAAAACUUGUAGUUUCAUUACACUUUAGAACUACAUCUUACAAAUGAAAUGUAUUUGUGUUUAUUUUUGUGCUGUGAGACUUGUCGUUUGUAGAUUAAAUAACAAUUAAUUUUGUUUCGAAUUACAAAUAGUUUUUGAGUAUUGUCUGAGAAAAGCCAAAGUUACUGCAAUUUUAGUGGAAACUGUAAGAUCAUGUAAUGUUUAUGUUUUAUUGAUGCAUUUUGGUUUUGUUGUGUGAUGGAAUUUGAGCCAAAAAGAAAAACAAAAAAAAACAGGCUUUCCUAUUUCUACUAACUGAUUGUACUUAUGCAUUUUGUACCAGUGCAACAUUUUAUACUGGAGAUUAAAAAAAACAAAAGGAAAA